UGGCGUCUCCAGACGGCCCCACAACCCUGCGCGGCGCCUCAGAGGGGGCGCGCUUGACUGACAGGCGGCGGCGGCGCAGUUGCGGGCGCAGUUGCGAGCGCAGGCUCCUUGCCAGAGGCCUCCACUCACUCCAGACCCCUGUAGCCCAUCGCUGUCAGGUGUCAACGAAAGAUGCGAAUGCUGGCCGCUCCCUGUGGGCUUCGUGUCACCCAGAGGUGAGCCCAGGCCAGGAUGGGGGACUCCAGGGACCUUUGCCCUCACCUUGACUCCAUAGGAGAGGUGACCAAAGAGGACUUGCUGCUCAAAUCUAAGGGAACCUGUCAGUCAUGUGGGGUCACUGGACCAAACCUAUGGGCCUGUCUCCAGGUUGCCUGUCCCUAUGUUGGCUGCGGAGAAUCCUUCGCUGACCACAGCACCAUUCAUGCACAGGCAAAAAAGCACAACUUGACCGUGAACCUAACCACGUUCCGACUGUGGUGUUACGCCUGUGAGAAGGAGGUGUUCCUGGAGCAGCGGCUGGCAGCCCCUCUGCUGGGCUCCUCCAAGUUCUCUGAACAGGACUCCCCGCCACCCUCCCACCCUCUGAAAGCUGUUCCUAUUGCUGUGGCUGAUGAAGGAGAGUCUGAGUCAGAGGAUGAUGACCUGAAACCUCGAGGCCUCACGGGCAUGAAGAACCUCGGGAACUCCUGCUACAUGAACGCCGCCCUGCAGGCCCUGUCCAAUUGCCCACCGCUGACUCAGUUCUUCUUGGAGUGUGGCGGCCUGGUGCGCACAGACAAGAAGCCAGCCCUGUGCAAGAGCUACCAGAAGCUGGUCUCUGAGGUCUGGCACAAGAAACGGCCAAGCUACGUGGUCCCCACCAGUCUGUCUCAUGGGAUCAAGUUGGUCAACCCAAUGUUCCGAGGCUAUGCCCAGCAGGACACCCAAGAGUUCCUUCGCUGCCUGAUGGACCAGCUGCACGAGGAGCUCAAGGAGCCGGUGGUGGCCACGGUGGCGCUGACGGAGGCUCGGGACUCAGAUUCGAGUGACACGGAUGAGAAACGGGAGGGUGACCGGAGCCCAUCAGAAGACGAGUUCUUGUCCUGCGACUCGAGCAGUGACCGGGGUGAGGGUGACGGGCAGGGGCGUGGCGGGGGCAGCUCGCAGGCCGAGACGGAGCUGCUGAUCCCAGAUGAGGCGAGCCGAGCCAUCUCUGAGAAGGAGCGGAUGAAGGACCGCAAGUUCUCCUGGGGCCAGCAGCGCACAAAUUCAGAGCAAGUGGACGAGGACGCUGAUGUGGACACCACCAUGGCUGCCCUUGACGACCAGCCCGCGGAGGCCCAGCCCCCGUCACCACGGUCCUCCAGCCCCUGCCGGACACCAGAGCCGGACAAUGAUGCCCACCUACGCAGCUCCUCUCGCCCCUGCAGCCCCGUCCACCACCACGAGGGCCAUGCCAAGCUGUCUAGCAGCCCCCCUCGUGCAAGCCCCGUGAGGAUGGCACCGUCGUACGUGCUCAAGAAAGCCCAGGUAUUGAGUGCUGGCAGCCGGAGGCGGAAGGAGCAGCGCUACCGCAGCGUCAUCUCAGACAUCUUUGAUGGCUCCAUCCUCAGCCUCGUGCAGUGUCUCACCUGUGACCGGGUAUCCACCACGGUGGAGACGUUCCAGGACCUGUCGCUGCCCAUUCCUGGCAAGGAGGACCUGGCCAAGCUCCACUCAGCCAUCUACCAGAAUGUGCCGGCCAAGCCAGGCACCUGUGGGGACAGCUAUGCCGCCCAGGGCUGGCUGGCCUUCAUUGUGGAGUACAUCCGACGGUUUGUGGUAUCCUGUACCCCCAGCUGGUUUUGGGGGCCUGUCGUCACCCUGGAAGACUGCCUUGCUGCCUUCUUUGCCGCUGAUGAGUUAAAGGGUGACAACAUGUACAGCUGUGAGCGGUGUAAGAAGCUGCGGAACGGAGUGAAGUACUGCAAAGUCCUGCGGUUGCCUGAGAUCCUGUGCAUUCACCUAAAGCGCUUUCGGCACGAGGUGAUGUACUCGUUCAAGAUCAACAGCCACGUCUCCUUCCCCCUUGAGGGGCUCGACCUGCGCCCCUUCCUUGCCAAGGAGUGCACAUCCCAGAUCACCACCUACGACCUCCUCUCAGUCAUCUGCCACCACGGCACGGCAGGCAGUGGGCACUACAUCGCCUACUGCCAGAAUGUGAUCAAUGGGCAGUGGUACGAGUUUGAUGACCAGUACGUCACAGAAGUCCACGAGACGGUGGUGCAGAACGCUGAGGGCUACGUACUCUUCUACAGGAAGAGCAGCGAGGAGGCCGUGCGGGAGCGGCAGCAGGUGGUGUCCCUGGCCGCCAUGCGGGAGCCCAGCCUGCUGCGGUUCUACGUGUCCCGCGAGUGGCUCAACAAGUUCAACACCUUCGCGGAGCCGGGCCCCAUCACCAACCAGACCUUCCUCUGCUCCCACGGAGGCAUCCCGCCCCACAAAUACCACUACAUCGACGAUCUGGUGGUCAUCCUGCCCCAGAAUGUCUGGGAGCACCUGUACAACAGAUUUGGGGGUGGCCCCGCCGUGAACCACCUGUACGUGUGCUCCAUCUGCCAGGUGGAGAUCGAGGCACUGGCCAAGCGCAGGAGGAUCGAGAUCGACACCUUCAUCAAGCUGAACAAGGCCUUCCAGGCCGAGGAGUCGCCGGGCAUCAUCUACUGCAUCAGCAUGCAGUGGUUCCGGGAGUGGGAGGCGUUCGUCAAGGGGAAGGACAACGAGCCCCCCGGGCCCAUUGACAACAGCAGGAUUGCACAGGUCAAAGGAAGCGGCCACGUCCAGCUGAAGCAGGGAGCUGACUACGGGCAGAUUUCAGAGGAGACCUGGACCUACCUGAACAGCCUGUAUGGAGGCGGCCCCGAGAUUGCCAUCCGCCAGAGCGUGGCGCAGCCGCUGGGCCCAGAGAGCCUGCACGGGGAGCAGAAGAUCGAAGCCGAGACCCGGGCCGUGUGAUUUGCUGGGCUAGUCUGUAAGUCGCCCCGGCUGGUCCCUCCAUGGCACUCUGGGUCUUCUCCUCACUCUCCAGAGACCCUCACAUGUCCUUUUGAACAUCCAAAGAGCAGGUCCCUCAAAGCACCUUCCUGGAGACUGUGGGAGGGCCCUGGACAUGGCCCGGCCCCACUGCUGAGUGCCCGUGUCCCCACAGCCCCAUGUGCGCCACCCCGCAGAAGGCGUGUUUGUGCCCAGAAGAGAGGCCGGGCUGCUGCAGAACCCCGCCGUGUAAAGAGGCAGAAAAGUUGGUUUGGUUCGCAGUGAGUAACGCUGCAACUAGAAAAUAUAUGCACUUCAGGCUUGUUUAAACGACCAAGACUCUGUGACAUUAAUUUGGGUCUUUGUCCUGGCAGUGGCCCUGCCAGUCAGUCAUCGUUGUGUCCCCCACAACUGUCCUCUUGCUAGCUCAGCCCAGCUUUGUCCCUGGAGCCCGAUGCCGCCCCCAUCAGACAGAGGCUGCAGCCUGGACCAGAGUUGGGGAGUAGCUGCUGCUUCACUGCUGCUUCUCCACUGUGCGAUUGGCCUGGACCCCUGAAGACUCGGAGGGAGCUGCUCAGGGCCGGUGAGCACAGCCAGAAGCCCCGGCCAGUGAGGAGCUCACAGGUCCUCCCUGGUGGUCCCGCCGCACCUCUGCAUCUCCUGGGCAUCACCAGGAAGGCUCUGAAGUCCCGGGCUGCUCUCAGCACUUCUGCAGACUGAAGACUCUGGACUCAUUGCUGAUUGGAACACCAGGAGGAGGUUGGAUUUCCGCCAGUGGGGGAUGUUUCUGGAGGCAGCUGGUCCCCCACACCGUGUCCUGCUGAGCCUGCCCCCUGGAUUGGCUGUAAUUUGCCUCGAAGUUCAGCAGUUCAUCUUCAUGGGAAAUUUGCUGAGCCCCCACCAGGGAACCGGAUGAUGAAACAGGGAUACCUCACAGCUUGGCCAUUUGCUGCAAAGGCAGCUUCCCAGGCUGAUGCUAAAGAAGACAGACUUUCCCUUCCGCCCAGCAGCAGCAGUGCAGAGCCCGCCUGGAGGCAUGUGGGGGCUGUGCAGGGGGCAGCACUCAGGUGGAUCCUGGGAAGCAGCCUCUGGAUGCUGAGUGGAGGGACCCACUGAGCACAGCAAGGCACCAAAGCCCCUGGAGAAACCGCCAGGGUGAGGUGCGGCCAUCGUCAGGGUCAAAGCAGACGGGGCAUGGGUGGGGAAUGGGCUCUGGGACCAGACCCCCCACACUACUGCGGUCGUCAGUCUUUGUAGAAGCAGAUGGUGGUGGAAAUUCCAGCGGGUGGGUCCUGCAGAGGCCCUGAGGCCUCACUUUUCGGAUCUUCUGUCCCAGAUCCUGCUCCCUCCCUGCUGAGCCUGGGGUUCCCCUGGCAUUGGCCCCAGCCUUCUGAAAGCCGCUGCUGCAGCCAGAGGCCACACGCUGCACUGUCGCGAUGCAGCGAGGCUGCUGUGCAGGCUGGGAUCAGGCCCCAAGUCUGUGCUGUCUAGUUUGUGUUCAGAAUGUCAGAAUAAACACAGAAUAAACAAUCCCACGGCCA